AUGACAGAUGUGGAAGGCAGCAUUAGAUCAUAUAGAAGAAGAUUUGCAGCAUUUCCUUCAGAUGUCUCUUUAAGAAGUAGAAGGAACUUAAUAAGACAAAUUGAAUCAGAUGUUGAACGUGAUGAAGAUAAAAACAAAACUCCUGCAGAAAUAAUACAAGAUGUUCUCAAUUGUAUUCAGAAUAGAUCCGAAGAACCUGGAAUAAGAAUUGAUAAAUUAAAUGGCUUGGUUAGAUUAAUAAAAAAUCACGAAAGGCUAAAAUACACUUAUCCUGCAGAACCAUUUCUAAAAGGGUUGAGAUUUUGUAUAUCAGAUUCAGUUAAAGAAGUGAGAAUUGCAGGAUAUCGAACAUUAAGAUACUUGAUUGCAGAUUCAAGUACUUUAGAUAAAAUAAUAAAUUUACAUUAUGAAGUAUUUAUUAUACGAUCUCUGGCAAAAGAUCCACGUUCAUUCAACGAUGAACGUGAGCAAGUACUGAAAUUGAUUAGAGCAUUUUCUGAUGUGCUUGAUGGAACAAAAUAUAUAUCAUUUGGUAUUAUACGUUCUAUUGUCUCUAUUGCAGAGCAAUCAGACGACAAAUUAAGAAAUAUUUGCUUGGAGACCUUGGCUGAAUUAUUGCUUCGAGAUCCAAAAUUAGUAACCUAUUGUGGUGGAAUGAGAGUUUUACUCCAAGCCUUGGUUGAUGGUCCUUUAGAUAUCGUUGAAUAUCUUAUUAUGGCUUUAUUAUAUGUGAUAGAUCUACCUGAUUCUAGAGAAUGUAUUAGACCGGGAGUUGAUUUAGAGAUUGUUCUUUCUGGAUUUACAGAUGCUUGUAAUAAAGGACAGAAAUACGAGCAACAGAUAAAAGCUAGUUCGAGGGCAAUUGCUGUUCUGCUAAAAUCGUGGACUGGAAUUAUAUUUUUUUGUAUGAAUGAUAAACAAGCAAUUAAAUCUAUUGUAGGGUCUUUAAGAAUCACAACUGAUGAAACACGGGAAAUCAUGCUUGAUAUGUUUUUCGAUAUAUUUCGGAUAAAAACACCAAGUUGGUAUAAUAAUUUUUUGACUGGAAAAAGGAUUACUGUGUUUGGUAAUUCAAUGUUCGAAGACAAAAAUCGUAAUGAAUCACAACCUAUUAUAUCCAGGACUCAAGAUCGUCACAAUUUGUUAGAACAUCAUUUAGUGAUCUUACUGGAUAUUUUUAUUGAUUGUGGACUUCUAGAGGUAUUAGUAGAAAUUAUUGAAGAUAAAAAUCAACAUAUCGCUAGAAAGGCUACUCUUUUUAUCGGUGAACUUUUACAAUUAUCAAAUAGAUUGUUAUCGGUAUCUCGCUCUAUACGUAUACAAUCAUUACCUGGACUUUUCAAAUUGGCAACAAAAUUUGAUGAUGAGAUCGUUAGACAUAGUGCAACGGCUGCUUUAUCUCAUAUUGAUAAUCUCAAUAGGACUAGAAGUCGUCUUCAAUCCAGCGGCAUAGAUGAACAUAACCGAGCCUCAACUCCUCGUAAAAGGCAGGUUCGACAAGUAGAAAAUGUUAAACUUAAAAUGGGAAUACAAAUUGAAGAUGGACAAUUUAGAGCAAUGUUAUUAGAUUCUCAGAUUUUAGCUAGUAAAGAUUUUACAAAAUGGAAUUUAGAAAUAGCGAUGGAAUUACUACAAGGACCUUUAUUAAAUCCUAAAAGACUUGAAGAAGUCAUAAGAAUAAAAUUCAUCAAGCAGCUGAUUAGUUUCUUUCGGCCCAAUAAAAGACGGUUCUCAGAAGUUGAAAAAAGUCCGGAAAAUGAACGUUAUACUCAAUUAGGUUGUACUCUUAUAACUACUUUAUUAACAAAUCCUGAUGGCGUAAAAUUUUUGGAAGGAAAUAAAUUUUUAAGACAAAUUGCUGAUGGCCUUAACCAACUUGACCCAAUUAACGGAAGUUUUGAAGCUGAACCAUUUUUUUCAAAAGAAAGACUUAACGUUACAUUAACAUCAGGAUAUUUCAAAAUGCUUGGAGUUUUAAGCAAAUUCAGAGAUGGAGUCAAAUUAUUAGAAAAAUUCAAAAUAUUUAAUACAUUUUAUCAUCUAAGUGAAUUAAAAAGUCGCGAGGAUUUAAUUAAAGCAAUCAUCACAAAUUUAGAUUAUAGUCUAGAUGGACAUCCGCGUAUUCUUUUAUCUAAAGUUAUGACUUCAGGAUACAAACGUGUAAGAUUAUAUGCCACCAAACAUUUAGGUGUAAUUUUAAGAACGUCGGCCAAAAUGUUUAAUGAAUGGGGAAUACCAUUAUUGAUUACACAGCUUUACGAUCCGGCAAUGGAAGUUUGUCAAAUGGCAGUUCGUGUGCUGGAGGAAACGUGUAAUCAUAAAGAAAACAUAGAAUUACUUGUAAAGCUACGACCAAGUCUUGAUCAUUUAGGUGAAAUUGGGAAUCCAUUAUUAUUGAGAUUUCUGUCAACAUCGAUUGGGUUCAAAUAUCUUUAUGAAUUUGAUUAUGUUGAAAAAGAGAUGGAUGAAUGGUUUCAGGGCAAUAUUGGAUCGUCAAAGAGUGGCUUACAGUUUCUUGAAGAAGAAAAUAUUAUUACAAAUAUUAAAUGUAUCGCAGAAAAUUCUUCGGUUCUCUCAUUGAAAGGGUUUACUGCAUCAGGUGUUGAGAUUUUGGAGGAAUUAGAAUGGGAAAGUGUUUAUGAUCCAGAUACGGGAGUUGGUACAGGACUAUGUAUCCCAAUGAAUUCCCAAGCAUUUCUUUCGUUUCCUAAAUGGAAUUAUAAAGGUUUUUAUAAUCCAGCAGAUAAAUUAAUUAAACCACUAUCAUCAUCAAAUAAUCAAAUCGAAAGAGACUUAUUAAAAGCAAUGUCAAAUUUAACAAAUAGAAUAUUGUCAAGUACAGGAUCACGUGCUUUAGCAAA